AUGGCUCUAAAAGUGUUGGUUGGACAAAAAAUUAUGAACGAGGUAGUGAAAUAUAAGCCACCACCACCGAAGAAGGCGGGUGCAGCUGCGGCAGCAGCAGCGAAUAAAUCAAAUUAUGAUUGGCGUGUUCUGGUAGUGGACAAAUUGGGGAUGCGUAUGGUGUCGGCUUGCACUAAGAUGCAUGAAAUUAGUGCCGAGGGGAUUACUUUGGUUGAGGAUAUUAAUAAGAAGCGUGAGCCUCUCCCAACCAUGGAUGCUAUUUAUUUGAUAACACCUUGUCAGGAUUCGGUCGCUGGACUAAUAAGGGACUUUGAGAAUCCAGCCAGGCCGAUGUAUCGCUAUGCUCAUGUGUUCUUUACUGAGGCCGUCCCUGACCACAUUUUUGAAAUGCUAAAAGCCGAAAAGUAUUUUGUUCGACAUUAUUUAGUUAGCUGUAAGGAAAUCAAUAUUGCCUUUAUAGCCUACGAAGAUAAGGUCUACUCGCUCGAUUCGCCAGACAGUUUUCAGUGUUUGUACUCACCGGCAUUCGCUUCGAUACGCGCUAAACACCUCGAGCGCAUUGCCGAGCAAAUUGCCACUUUGUGCGCUACGCUCGGCGAGUAUCCGAUGGUGCGAUAUCGCAUGGAUUGGGAUCGCAACAUCGAUCUGGCUGCUGUGGUGCAGCAGAAACUCGAUGCGUACAAGGCUGAUGAGCCAACGAUGGGCGAGGGUCCCGAGAAGGCACGCUCGUGCUUAUUAAUUAUGGAUCGUGGGUUCGAUUGUGUCUCACCUAUGUUACACGAAUUAACUUUGCAAGCGAUGGCAUACGACUUACUGCCUAUUGUGAACGACGUUUAUCGCUUUACGCCCGGACCUAAUCAACCAGAAAAGGAGGUGUUGUUGGAUGAGAAUGAUGAUUUAUGGGUGGAAUUGCGUCAUGAGCACAUAGCUGUUGUCUCAACUCAAGUUACACAAAAUUUGAAAAAAUUUACCGAUUCGAAGAGAAUGUCAGCCACUGACAAAGCCUCAAUGCGUGAUUUAUCGCAAAUGAUUAAAAAAAUGCCGCAAUAUCAGAAGGAGUUAUCCAAAUAUUCAACACAUUUGCAUUUGGCUGAGGACUGCAUGAAGGCCUAUCAGAAUUAUGUUGACAAGUUGUGUCGUGUCGAACAAGACUUGGCUAUGGGCACCGAUGCAGAGGGCGAAAAAAUCAAAGAUCAUAUGCGUAAUAUUGUCCCUAUAUUAUUGGAUCAGUCCGUUUCCAACUACGAUAAAGUACGCAUUAUAGCCCUGUAUGUUAUGAUUAAGAAUGGCAUUACCGAGGAAAAUCUCACCAAGCUCUUUACCCAUGCCCAGCUGUCUCCCAGAGACCAGGACAUGGUGCGCAACUUAAGCUUUUUAGGUGUCAAUGUUAUUGCUGAUUCUCGUAAGAAGCAAUACACUGUGCCCCGUAAAGAACGUAUUACCGAACACACUUACCAAAUGUCUCGUUGGACUCCUGUCAUCAAAGAUGUUAUGGAAGACUGCAUUGAGGACAAAUUGGAUCAACGACAUUUUGCUUUUCUAGCUGGACGGUCGCAGAAUACCAAUUAUCAUGCGCCAACCAGCGCCCGCUACGGUCAUUGGCAUAAAGACAAAGCUCAGACCCAGGUUAAAAAUGUGCCACGCCUAAUAGUAUUCAUCGUUGGCGGUGUUUGCAUGUCUGAAAUGCGUUGCGCUUAUGAGGUAACAAAUGCCCUUAAAAAUUGGGAAGUGAUUAUCGGUUCAACCCACAUCUUAACACCAGAAAUAUUUUUAAGCGACUUGGGCUCUUUGUCUAAAGAGGAUUAAAAUAAAUGAAUUAUUUAAAAAAGCAAAAAGAAAAACAUUACAAAAAGACAUUUGCAAAAAAUAUAAAAAACAAAAAAAAAAACAAAAAAAUAAGAAGCUAAUAAUCAUUAAUUAAGAUAACAAUUUCAAUAAAUAUCUAUUAAACAUAAAUGUUUCAAAUAUAUGCACAUGGUAAACAGACGAUCCAAAUAGAGAAAUUACUUAACUUAAAUUAAAUAUGAAGUAAUGAAGUCUUCUAAAAAGUAUUUGUUUUUUUUUUUUAACAACAUUCUUUUUUGAUUUUUUUAUCCGUGUUAACCUAUAUCUUCUGAAUUAUAUUUAAAGUAUAUAUAUAUACAAAUAUAUAUAUAUAUAUAUAUAUAUAUAUAUAUAUAUAUAUCUAUAUAUCAUAUCUAUUAUAUAUAUUAUAAAUCUGUAGCAAUAUUAUAAUUAUUACGCUACAGUCAACUGUAUUUCUAGACGAAGAAAGUUUACCAAAAAAAUUUCAAGAAAGAAAACAAAGUAAAGAUUUGGAAAAUAAUUU